AUGAACAUGGAUGGAAUGGCGCUUUACGUGCGCUCUGAGGUAGACGCCUGCGACGGGACUGGUUCCACCAGGCUUGUUCCUGAGGGGACGGGGCGCGCCUCAUCUUCGGGUGGUGGUGGUGGUGGUGGUGGUGGUGCAAGUAACUCUGCCAAGGCUGACGCCAAGAGUACGGAAGACCUGCUGGUUGAACGGCUCGGUGGCCUGGGGCUUUCUUCUUCGUCGUCGGGAGGAGGAGGAGGAGGCAAGGGUGAGGUGGGCCGACGGAUAAAUUCGUGAUUGCUUGCUGUCGUCUUUACAAAAGGAAAAGAAAAAUAAUGAAACGGACAGGGAGCGUCCCGACAUAGUUAAUAAGUCUCAGAUAUUGUUUCAAUUCGACUACCACACAUGGGGGGGGGAGUCAAUCCCGUAGAAACAAGCGGAGCAUUUUUGCCAUUUACACAGCAUCGGCGCCAGCUCUCCUUCGGCCUCGAACCGCAGCGGCGAUUGUAUUUGAACUUUCUCCCGUCGAAGAACUUAAAGGCCUACAAACAAGCGGGUAGCGUCGCCACUAACACAACCACCCGUACCACAACAUGAGUCCUUCCUGUUUUCGUUGUUUGUUCCCCUCCUCCCUCCCCUCUCCUCUCGGGCAUGCACGCUACGGUUGAAGUCGAAGCCUGCCUCUGGUCUGACGAGCGAAAAGAGGGGGAAGCUUCUCGGACACGACGACAAGGUGUUGGAGCUCAAGACCAAAAACUCAAGGUAUGAUGCGUCGUCUUCUUGUUCGUGCUCCUAAACAACACGACAUGAACGAUGGUUUCUGAGGAUAAAUCUUCAUGCCUGGGAGGUACAGGCUGCACGGCUUGACCGAAACUCGUUGGGGCAGAAAAUCUUGGCUAUUUCAGCAACCAACACCGCUAUUGCGAAAACGAGGCUGGGCAUUUGUGUUUUUAGAAUACCCGAGGGUUGAAAGGACAGGAAGUGACAUCGAUCGGAAAAUAUAGACUAGGGAAAACAUCUUUCGAUCCGCUUUUGGGAAGGAACGAUUGGCCAUCGGUGAUCGGUCCUGUGGGAACGAUGCUCCGUCCGCUCGAGGACGCAUGGCCAAUGGCCUAGCCGCCAAGGCAUGCAAAACAUCAGAGUACGCCCCCCCCCCCCCCCCCCCCCCCCCCCCCCCCCCCCCCCCCCCCCCCCCCCCCCCCCCCCCCCCCCCCCCCCCCCCCCCCCCCCCCCCCCCCNCAAAGGUUUCACAACUAAGGCAUGCGAAGCACGAGUACGCCACCCCCCCCCCCCCCCCCUCCCCCGAAGUGUUUCUCUCAUCGCGCGUCCGUCACUCUUUCAACCCCAUGCAUGCCGUCCCGACGGUACGCCGCUGAGAUCAACUGGAAGGACAUCUAGUGGCAGCUAGCCCUGGGCGGCGCUCACGCGCUGGUCCUUGGCCUACACAACCGCGGGACCUUUAGGGCCGGGGACAUGAGGCACCCUUCCAUCGGUCAAGGCUCGCGCGGAAGAGUCCGGGUCGGCGUCCAUGGUGUUCCUGGCGAACACCCUGCGCGGUAUCGCCAAGGCCGCGCACCGCAUCAUCGGUGCCGCCUCUACUGCGCCCACGCGCCCGGCUGCGCCUGCUACGCCGUCCACGGUUCCUGGCGAGACGGGAACACGCGGCGAAUCAAACCCCCGCGUCGCCGCCGCCGCCGCCGUCGUCGUCGAGUACUCGCCUGGCCGCGACAGCAGGCGCGUGCGCAUGAGGCUUGCCACCGCCGCGGAUGGGGCCGUUCCUCCCUUCUGGACCAAAACGCGACACGCAUGGCGACAAGGAUGGCAGCUGAGAAAGCCGAGCAGAGAGGAACGACAGUUCACAUCUGCCCUAUACCUGUCAGUCUGUGACCGAUAGGCAAGUGGUGACCGCCCUUCUCUCUGCUCGGCUUUAUCUUGCUGGUUCAACAUGCGCUGUUCGCCCGUUCGUUUUGCGGGAGGCACCCGGGCCAAGCGACCUGACGAACUACCCGUUGGCCUCGCGCCUUGGGACCUCGCGCCUGGUCUGAUACGAAAAUCCAUCGACUGAGCACAACAGCGUGCUUUGUGCGAGAGAUCAUCACCGUUGGUUUCGGAUCAGCCAAAUCAAGUAGUCUAAUCCCUUUUCGUUUCUUGCCGUCGGAUUGCACUCGUACUAAAGUAUGAGGUAUAACUGUUGAUGUCGUGACUAUCUCUCGGGCUUCCCUGGUAGCUAGUUCGACAGGGUAGCCUAGCAAAGUAUUCGUCAAAUUUCGAAGAUUUUUUUAUUUAGAGGGGGGGGUCGUGAGUUGCACUGCAGUAGUUUUUUUGUGCAUCUAUAACGCUGUUUCAAGUGGGACGGGAUGGGGGACGUCCCGCCUUAGAGUUACAAACUCACAAGGGUGGAUUCCACCUAUGUUUCGAUGUCAGUUUCGCAACUCGUGGGGGCGUCAAAGGCAGUGCCGGGGCGAGAGAGGGCUGGGGAAAAACCCACAACGAAGAGUCGUCUGGCGUGAUCGCGCGAUCAAGGCCGACAGACCAAGGGGGGGGNACUAAGCGCGAAGCGCCGUGAGGUAUUCGGCGAGUCGCAUGAAGGGUGCGCUGCAUCCUGCUAAGGGUUUUCGGCAUCUUGUGCUCACUUCCUUGCGUACGGAUAACAGUUGCGUAUGACUUGAUUUAUUUUCUGGUGCUUUCACUUCCAGAGACAGUUGUAAGCACUGUGUUCCUUCCUCGAGGGUGCUUGACCAUUUUGGGGGUAAACGCAUGCCGUAGUCAUUGAACCAUUGACCUUACGCCCCUAUAACACCAGAACAAGGAGGGGGGGGGAGGGUUGCUUGUGGUAAAUGAAGGGAUGCAUACCUGUUGCAGACUAGUUUUUGGGCGACGGCGAUUUGACCACGGGAAGGGCUCAGGGAAGUGCUUCCUUUCCGCAUUUUGGAAGUGCUUGUCUUGAGUGCAACUCCAGGGAAGGUACUGCUCAACCCUUCUCGCGUUUGGGAAAUUAAGAGAAAUAGGCGUCGUAGAUGAUGUAUUUCGUGCCACCCAGGGUUGGAGUUAUUCAGCUCGAGAGCAAGAUCGCACGAUAGGGGGAGAACCUGGGCGAGGUUGACAUUUCGGAUGGCGAAGAAAAAAAAAUCACGCUUGGCUAGGACAAACCAAUACGUAAGGGUGAUUCAGCUUGGUUGUUGGAUGGUAAGAAGAGCGCACAAGAGGCAUGUAGGCGCAUUUAUGCGGUAUGUACCCCGUGCUUUGUUCCACAACAGUUUACCUUCGUCGAAGGGAUACUCCCUGAGGUAUUGUGGUAGUACUCUUCUGGUGGUAUUGGACAUGCUUGGGGGUUGGAUUUGUUUUGCGGAGAAGGUUUCUAUGCAUGAGGAUAUUUUUGUGUUUCAGCGACUCGAGAGAAUGUUAUAUUUGUUGAAGAAUGGUGGAGAGAGAUUUCAUUGUUGGUAUAAUGAGUACGACGAGGACAAUUUCUCGAGAGGGUGCAUUAGUUGAGGUCUUGUUAGGUAUUCACGGUAGGUUAAUCUUGAACCGAAGAUAUUUUGGCCCGUGUUGAAGGAGGACUACUUGGGAAGGAUGACAAUGCCGUUGAACCUGGCAAUUUCCAUUGUGGGGAGCUCCUGAGAUCGUAUCCGUAUCACCAAAAGCGGGGGCUGCUUGGUGUGCUCGAUCUAGGUUUAUAUGUUCUGCGGGACCUCUGUCCUUUCGGGUAUGGGUGAGAUAGAGACUGCGGGGCGCGUCCCUGGUGAUCCGAGUCUUGCUGUCUUUCUGCCUUGCUGCCCUCGGUUCUUUCGUCAGGUGUGGUUGGGUUGAGGUUUGGGUACGGGUUGGGACGAGACGUGGAGACUGAUGGUGGUAAAUAGCAAGUGGAAGGAAGGCAAGGGUACCUCCACUUCUUGGGUCGUGACUGAGACCGUUCGGGUGCUAACGGAUCACACAUGGUCCAACCCCC